CAACGAGAGGAAGAAAAAAAAAACUGCACACCACUUUCCCUUCUUUUUAUAUACCCCCAACCCUUAUCUUUCUCUUGCCUCUUCUCACACCGUCGAUCAAUCUCUCUUGUCCUCUCUCUUGCUCUCCCACCAGCACGGCGAUCUCAAUUGAUCGAUCUGUGUUCUUCCUUUCUCAACUAGCUAGUUGAUUCUUUUUCUCCUCCUGCUGCUAAUUUAUUCCACGCUGCAACCUCAAUUAAGAAGCUUAUUAAGAAACUGUGCAAGAUUGUUGCAAGGGAUAGAGCUUUAGAGAGGCUGUUGUUGCUUCGAUAUUUCGGCGAUCGAUUGACCGAGGAUGUGCACCAGGGGUCACUGGAGACCAUCGGAGGACGAGAAGCUGAAAGAGCUCGUUGCGCUAUACGGGCCGCACAAUUGGAACGCCAUCGCGGAGAAACUUCAUGGGCGAUCAGGGAAAAGCUGUAGGCUGAGGUGGUUCAAUCAGCUCGACCCGAGGAUCAACCGGAACCCCUUCACGGAGGAAGAGGAGGAGCUGCUCCUCGCCUCGCACCGUGUCCACGGAAACCGGUGGGCCGUCAUCGCCAGGCUCUUCCCGGGGCGCACCGACAACGCUGUGAAGAACCACUGGCAUGUGAUCAUGGCACGGCGGUGCAGGGAGCGGAUGAGGCUGUCGAAUAGGCGGGGCGGUGGCGCUGGUGCUGUGGAAGAUGAUAACCCUAAGGACGCCAAGAAGCCGGGGCUUGACGCGAACAGCAUGGCCUCCUUGCUAGACAAGUACCGAAGGGAAUUUGUUGGCCCGUUUGCCAUUAGCCAUGACAACAAGGAGGGUUUUUGUUCAACUACUAAUGAAGACACGAACAAAUCAGUAAAAUUCUACGACUUUCUCCAAGUGAACGCGAGCUCGAGCGACACAAAGUGUGGUUCGAGCAUUGAGGAGCAAGAGGAGAACCGUGAUGAUCAAGCUGAAGGGCAGGUGCAGUUCAUAAAUUUCAUGGAAGUUGGGGCCUCUCAUCGUCAAUGAGUUAUCUAUAUAUUUAACUAGGGAUACAUCCAAAGCAACUUGUAAUGCUUUGUGAAAGAGGCAUGCUGCAAAUAGAAAUCUAACACCCAGAGUACUUAUAGAGGAAGCAAAAUGCACCGUACAUACAUGACAUGUAAUUUAUUGAUGUAUGCAUAUCCUCUGUCCGUCCAUCGUUGGGGUAGUACAUAUGAAAAAAAAUUCUGAGAUAAAUGAGGAAUUAAUUAUUCUCUCAUCUAUUUGUAAAUUUUAUUCAUAAUAUAAAGACUAUUUAAUUCC